UUUCCUUGUUUUCAACGUUUUUUCUCCUUCAGAUCAUUCAACACCAUCUUCCCUCACGGAUACCAUGUCACCUUCAAGUGAUAAUGACCUCUCCAGUCAAAGAGAAUGGGGGGCUCCCACAGGCCGAAAUGUGUCCAGCUUUGAAGUCAUGAACACGUCUACCACAGAGGUUUCUGAGUCGGAGGCUGCAAAAGAGAUGGUAGAAAGUGCUCUGCUUAAGAAACCUGGAGGUGAUGAUGUCCUGGAAGAGUACAAGUCAGAAAAUUCACUGAAGCACAGCACUCGGAGACAGCUUGUCAACAUAUUGGCUAGCCAUAUGACUGAAAUGCAUGGGAGGAUUCCUUCCCGUAAACAGAAGGAGAAGUAUGCCCUCGGAAUCAUUAGUCUCUUUCCGUCCCUGAAAGAUCCCUUUUCUCGAAAAGGCUAUCUAACUCAAGACUUCCUGCUGCUGUUUGGUACUGAAACAGCCUGCAAGAUGUUUGAGAAGUGGGACACUGCUUUCAAGAUCAAGAUUAUCAAAGAAGCCAAACACCUGACUCAGUCAACAGAGCUGUGUCGACUUCUGAACGCUGCUGAGACACUUGCAGAGAACGAUGACACCAGCUGGGACAGUGACAUGGCUUGUCUGCUGCUGCUCCUCUAUCUCUUGCCACCCACUGCUGGAAGGAAGAGGACCAAGAUCAGUCCCAGUGAUGCAGUGGACAAAAUGGUGCACUUCCACAAGUCAUGCUGCAGCAUCGAUGAGCACCUGCGGGGAAGAAAGGGUCAACAACCGUACAUCCUUGCUGCUGGCCGAACCCGGAACCGGAUUGACACCUUCUACAUUGUAAUCGACAAACAGCUCAUCCCAUGCCAAGCCACCAGCUCAUUGGGUGCUUUUGACGAACUGUUCAAAUCUCACUAUGUGUUCAACCUGUCCUUCGAGGAGUCGUUGGUCCAGCUGUACACAUUUGUCCAGACAACAGUAUACAACAUCGACAUCAACACAACAGAUGAGUCUCCCAGAAUCCGUGAGUUGCGGGCAAAACUCUUGAACUAGGAUCAAAACAUGUACAAGUGUUUCAUAUGUCAAGCUGUACACAAGACUUGCCAGUCCUUGGUAAGCCAUUUAAGAAUGGAUCACAGUUUCUAUCCUAGCAGCAGGUUUAAGUUGGUUUGUGCACAAGAUCGUUGU